AUGUCUCGGGUCUUGUGUCGCUUGUUGACGACCAGCUGUCGCCGAGUGGCGGCGGUGCGCAAGUGCAGGGCCAUGUCGACCGGGACGCCGAGGCCGCCUGCGUCGGACGAGCGACCCGUGUUCCCGGGCACUCAGGCCCCGUGGACGGAGACGUUGCAAUUCACCGAGGCGGAUCUCAAGUCCGGGAUCCCAGUCUACCACGUGAUGGAUAAAAUGGGCAACGUGAUUGACCCGUCGCAAGACCCGAAUCUCGGGGAAGACGCUCUCGUCAAGAUGUACAAGACCAUGACGCUGUUGAACACCAUGGACCGUGUUUUGUACGAGUCUCAAAGGCAAGGACGAAUCUCGUUUUAUAUGACCAAUUAUGGCGAAGAAGGGACUCAUAUUGGCUCAGCAGCUGCCUUGGAUGCCGGUGAUCUAAUUUUUGGACAAUACAGAGAAGCUGGCGUUUUGCUUUGGCGUGGUUUUUCACUGGAUCAAUUCAUGAAUCAGUGUUACGGAAACGUGGAAGAUGUCGGCAAGGGGAAACAGAUGCCGGUUCAUUACGGAUCCAGUGACUUGAAUUUCGUGACGAUUUCGUCUCCGUUGGCGACGCAAAUGCCUCAGGCGUCCGGGGCCGCGUACGCCUACAAGCGGGCCCAAAACGGGAAAGUGGUGGUGUGCUAUUUUGGGGACGGGGCUGCCAGCGAGGGCGACGCGCAUGCCGCCUUCAACUUCGCCGCCGUGCUCGAGUGCCCAGUCAUUUUCUUCUGCAGAAACAACGGCUACGCCAUCUCUACACCCACUCAUGAGCAAUACCGGGGUGACGGGAUUGCUGGACACGGCCCUGGGUACGGAGUGGCGUCCAUCAGGGUGGACGGCAACGACGUGUUUGCAGUGUACAAUGCCACCAAGGCUGCCAGACACCUGGCCCUGUCCGAGUCCCGCCCCGUGAUCCUGGAGGCCAUGACCUACAGGAUUGGCCAUCAUUCCACCUCUGACGAUUCGUCGGCGUAUCGCUCAGUGGACGAAGUCCGGUAUUGGGACGAGAAUGAUCAUCCCAUCUCCAGACUCAGAUACUACAUGUCUAGGAAUGGUUUGUAUUCACCUUGUUUUAUUAUUUUCCAUCUGAACAAAGCUGCCAGACACCUGGCCCUGUCCGAGUCCCGCCCCGUGAUCCUGGAGGCCAUGACCUACAGGAUUGGCCAUCAUUCCACCUCUGACGAUUCGUCGGCGUAUCGCUCAGUGGACGAAGUCCGGUACUGGGACGAGAAUGAUCAUCCCAUCUCCAGACUCAGAUACUACAUGUCUAGGAAUGGCAUGUGGAGUGAGGAGAAGGAGAAGCAAUGGAAGGACGAGUCCCGGAAGAAGGUCCUGACGUCCUUCGCAGCAGCGGAAGCCAGGACGAAGCCGUCCAUCAGGGAAGUCUUCACCGACGUCUUCCACGACGUGCCUCCGCAUUUGGAGAAGCAGUGGCAACAGUGUCAGCAACACUUGAGCAAAUACUCGGAACACUAUCCGAUGAAGGACUUCAAGCAGUGA